GGCGGUUCCCUCGCUGUCUGUGUGUGAGAGCCUGAUCAGAGACUCUUGACUGCACUCGUGAAUCGCGAAGGUUGAGUGCAUGCUGCAGGCAGAGGGCACCAAGGCGUUGGAAAUCUAACCAGAGAUUGUUGAAAAUUGCGAUCGAUGAAAUUUCGACUCGCAGUCAAGAGGGUACACACUCCGCGCUCUCCUUCCUAUUUCCAACCCUCAUCUCCAUUCGCUCACUAAAACAAAUCUCGAGCUGAAAAAAGAAAUUCCCGCCAAAAUGUCUCUCUCCAAGAAGCUGGCCAUCACCGAUGUGGACCUGAAGGACAAGCGCGUCUUCAUCCGCGUCGACUUCAACGUUCCCAUGGACGGCAAGACCAUCACCAACCCUCAACGUAUCGUUGCUGCUCUGCCCACCAUCAAGUACGCCAUCGAAAAGCAGGCAAAGGCCAUCAUUCUUGCAUCUCACUUGGGUAGACCAGAUGGUAAGGUCACUCCCAAGUUCUCCCUCGCUCCCGUAGCAGACAAAGUCUCCGAAUUGCUGGGCAAGCCAGUCGAGUUCCUGCACGACUCGGUGGGUGACCAUGUGGAAGCGGCCGUCUCGAAGCUUUCCGGCGGACAAAUUGCCCUCCUCGAGAAUCUGCGAUUCCACGUCGAAGAGGAGGGAAAGGGUGUCAACGAGGCCGGAGAAAAAGUCAAGGCGGAUGCUGAGCAGGUCAAAGCUUUCAGAUCCGGUCUGACCAAGUUGGCAGAUGUUUACAUCAACGACGCCUUCGGCACUGCUCAUCGCGCGCACUCCUCCAUGGUGGGCGUGGAUCUGCCCACCCGAGCAAGCGGUUUCUUGAUGAAGAAGGAGCUCGAAUUCUUUGCUAAAGCUCUGGAGAGCCCCGAGAGACCAUUUUUGGCCAUUCUUGGUGGUGCAAAGGUGUCCGACAAGAUUCAGUUGAUUGAAAACAUGCUAGACAAGGUCAACAAGCUCAUCAUCUGCGGAGGAAUGGCGUUCACAUUCAAAAAGACCCUGGACAAUGUCAAGAUUGGCAAUUCUCUGUUCGACGAGCCAGGCUCUCAAAAGGUGGCUGGCCUCGUGGAAAAGGCAAAGAAGAACAAUGUGGAAUUGGUCUUCCCUGUGGAUUACAUUACUGCCGACAAGUUCGACAAGGACGCUCAGGUCGGUGCUGCUACGGACGAAGAAGGUAUUCCGGACGGAUGGAUGGGUCUCGACGCUGGACCCAAGAGCCAGCAGCUGUUCAAGGACGCCAUCAAGAGCGCAAAGACCAUUCUGUGGAAUGGACCCGCCGGUGUGUUCGAAUUUCCCAACUUUGCGAAGGGAUCUAAAGCCAUGCUUGACGCUUGCUUGGAAGCUGAGAAGUCUGGUGCGACUGUCAUCGUCGGUGGUGGAGACACAGCUACCGUUGUUGCGAACUACAAGGCCGAGGAAGGCAUCAGCCACGUCAGCACUGGCGGUGGUGCUUCUCUCGAGCUGCUCGAGGGCAAGGACCUGCCUGGUGUUUCCAACCUUGCUGAAAAGUGAGGCUGCCAACAUGUACAACUGAGACAGACCCAUGCGAACGCGCGUACAACGUGUUCAAUCAUCCAUAGAAGCCCCGAUUCGAAGCGCGAGUCUUUCUCGAUGCAAUCCGUUGGCGCAUGGCUUGUAUGCAUGCGCACAUGAAAUUUGGUGUGCUGUAAAAGGCGCAAUGACUAGGAAUACUGGUACAGUUGAUGAUUGCGGUGGGAAUGCGCGAGCUGGGGAGAACGCAAGGCGCGAAGUGAGAGUCAUGCUUUUGAUUAGGACAUGCUUGCUGACGUCGAGGGCAGCAGCUCUCCGUUUCUAAAGACAACGCUGAGUGCAGACAGCAAUACGCUGACGCUGGUCCAGUGUGCUGUUCAACAGAGCAUCUGGAGGUCUUUAAGUACGUCGAGUAGCCGUGCUUGUGGUCUCGUGAUGCAGCAAUCAAGGUGCCGUGCAGCGGAAGGA